AUGGUGUUGCCCGUUGAAUUCGAGCCGCCGACCAUGUACUCCACCCAGCCCAACACAAGGGCUGAAUUUGAACGGCUUGUCAGAGCCCAUCACCAAGCCAAUCUGUUGGGGAAAGAUGGGAGAAUAUAUGACAAAGCCGUUGUGAUUUUACAAGAUGCAACUUCCACACGAGUAGCCGUAGCGGCGACCCGGCGGAACACUGCACCGUGGAAUACCACGCUGGGGGAGGUGUGA